AUGAUAGCCCUCCCCUGUGAAGCCACCGCCGGUAGCCAUCUCCUCCCCACCGGCCGGAGAUCGUCACAGUCCACAGCAACACCGGAGACCUUCGACCCCACAGCUAAGUUUGAGAGGAGAAAACAGAAGGAGAAAGAGAAAGAGAUCAAAACAGUUAUGGGUUACGCUCAAUUAGUAAUUGGUCCUGCUGGAAGUGGAAAGUCUACUUAUUGCUCAAGUUUGUUCCAACACUGUGAAACUACUGGAAGAACGAUUCAUAUUGUGAACCUAGAUCCUGCUGCAGAAAACUUUGAUUAUCCUGUGGCCAUUGAUAUUCGGGAACUUAUAUCUUUGGAUGAUGUAAUGGAGGAAUAUGGACUUGGUCCAAAUGGUGCUCUUAUGUUCUGCAUGGAACAUCUUGAAGAAAAUUUGGAUGAGUGGUUAUCUGAAGAGCUGGAGAAUUACAUGGAAGAUGAUUAUCUAAUAUUUGAUUGCCCAGGUCAAAUAGAACUCUUUUCUCAUGUUCCUGCUCUUAAGAACUUUGUGGAGCAUUUGCAGCGUAAGAAUUUCAAUGUCUGUGCUGUUUACUUGCUCGACUCACAGUUCAUCACGGAUGUUACCAAGUUUAUUAGUGGUUGUAUGUCGUCACUCUCUGCAAUGAUUCAGCUUGAACUGCCUCAUGUUAACAUCCUCUCCAAAAUGGACCUUGUUACUAGAAAAAGAGACAUUGAAGAUUAUCUGACUCCAGAGCCUACGACUCUGCUAUCUGAACUGAAUCAGCGAAUGGGCCCUCAAUUCCAGAAGCUCAACAAGGCCUUAAUUGAUUUGGUUGAUGAGUAUAGCAUGGUGAGCUUUGUGCCUCUUGAUUUAAGGAAGGAAAGCAGCAUACAGUAUGUUCUUUCACAAAUAGACAACUGCAUUCAAUAUGGAGAAGAUGCUGAUGUGAAGAUUAAGGAUUUUGAUGAAGAUGAAGAUCAAGACUAAAAGUCUUUAUAUGAUGGUGUCUCAUUUUCUGAAAUUUGUCAUAACUUUUUUGUGUUGUUUUGGCAAUCAUUGAAAAUACAUAUAUUUUUAAUUAGUAUAAGGAUGUCCCAUAAGUGUUUAUUAUGAUCCAGUUGUUUCUCAAUUAAUUUGUACUGAGCCAUAUUCUAGUUUAGUAGC